CCUCCUCACUCCCCCCCUUCACCCUCCCUCCCUCCUCCACCACCACCACCCCUCAAAGUACUCGAUGUAUAGUUAAAAAAUGGGAGGGCACACUUGAACCGAGCUGCUCUAUGAAGGUAGGCUGCAGCGUGUGUUUAUUGAUGAGAUGAAAAGAAGAUGGAAGUGAGAAAUGAAACAAAGUAAAGGAACAUAUUAAAAAAAAAAACUAUACGCGCUUCGUCGGGGGAAAACAAGGGGAGCCGUGGAAACGCUGUCGCCACUUUUUGAAACGUGCUUCGGAGUGCAGAGCAACACAUGAUUUGGACAGAGAGGACUGACAGCCUUGCCUAGCACCCGGCCUCUGAUCAGCCAUCUCCACCAGCAAACUGAAGCUUGACCCGCACUUCAUCACCAGCCACACAAGCAUCUUCGUAACAAAACGUCAUCUGACUGUGACAUCAGUUGCAAGGGGAUGACCGAGCGCAUUCAUAACAUCAAUCUCCACAACUUCAGCAAUUCUGUACUUGAGACCCUCAAUGAGCAGCGCAACCGUGGGCACUUCUGUGACGUGACUGUUCGGAUCCAUGGAAGUAUGCUGCGAGCUCACCGGUGCGUGCUGGCUGCUGGAAGCCCCUUCUUUCAGGACAAGCUGCUCUUGGGCUACAGCGACAUUGAGAUCCCUUCUGUGGUCUCAGUGCAAUCCAUCCAAAAGCUGAUUGACUUUAUGUACAGUGGGAUUCUACGGGUAUCUCAAUCAGAGGCCCUGCAGAUCCUUACUGCUGCCAGCAUCCUACAGAUCAAGACCGUCAUUGAUGAGUGUACCCGCAUCGUGUCCCAGAAUGUGGGCCUGGCGGGGCCGGGGGGGUUCCCUGUUAUACCAGGAGACUCUGGUCAGGAAACGCCCCGUGGCACGCCAGAGUCUGGCACCUCUGGGCCCAGCAGCGACGCAGAGUCAGGUUAUAUGCAAACAACAUCACAGCAAAGCAUGGAUCGUGCAUACACAUCACUGUACACCUACCCUGGCCUCUCUCUGCAGAACGGCACCCGCGACCGCCCCCUUUACAUUAACCCUCCAAAUUAUGAUUCGACUCUCAGCACUCAGAAGGACCAGCAAUCUCAAGAUCCACCCUGGAUGAACCGCAUCCAGGAGAGAUCUCAGCAGGUUGAUCGCUUCAUCUCCACAGCAGAGUCCACUCACUGCCGCAAGCAACCCCGACCGGUACGCAUACAAACAGGAGGGAUGCACAUAAAGCAGGAGGCUGAAGAUGAGUACAGCUGGGGGGACAAUUUGGGGGACUGCCCAGACGAUGCUGACCACACUGAGGCUGUAGAGAGUGAAUCCAAGGUUGAAAGUUUUGACUCAGGGGUGAGCUCCUCCAUCAGUACUGAGCCAGAUGCUAUGGAGCAGCAGCCGUACCUGACUGGCUUUAGCCGAGAGGGGAGCGGGGACGGGCAGCAAGGUGAAGGAGCUCCAGUGCAGAUAGAGGUCAAUGACUCGUCCCCAGAGCAAGUGCAAGAGACAGAGGACGGGGACACAUCCCACAGCACUAGUGACAGUAGCAUGAUGCAGCCCCUGCCAAACUCAGUCAUGUCCCAAUCCCUGCCAAGUGCCACGCACUACAUGCGCCAGGCAGAAUCACACACCAGCAAUCUGAGGAUGCCGCUCACCGUGACCAGCAAUUCCCAAGUGAUGGGCACUGCUGGAAGCACCUUCCUGCCCACACUCUUUACUCCACAGCAGUCUAGAGAGAAGCCUUUCCUUUACCUUUCUGGCCAGCAGCAGCCACAGUUUGUGGCAGUGCCGCCCCCUGCAAUGCCAUCAUUCCCGAACCCCAUGUCGGUACCGCAAGCGCCAGCUCAGCAGCAACAGGCUGCCGGAGGAAUUGGUCAGGGGGAAAAGAAGCCCUAUGAAUGCACUCUCUGCAGUAAAACCUUUACUGCAAAACAGAACUACGUCAAACACAUGUUUGUCCAUACUGGUGAGAAGCCUCAUCAGUGCAGCAUCUGCUGGCGCUCGUUCUCCCUGAAGGAUUACUUAAUCAAACACAUGGUGACACACACAGGGGUGCGGGCCUACCAGUGCAGCAUCUGCAACAAGCGUUUCACCCAGAAGAGCUCUCUCAAUGUCCACAUGCGGCUGCACCGUGGAGAGAAGUCCUAUGAGUGCUACAUCUGUAAGAAGAAGUUCUCACACAAGACCCUGCUGGAGAGGCACAUGGCCCUGCACAGCACAGGCAGCGCCAUCACAGGGCUGUCGGGGAGCGCAGGCACCCCGGGGCCCGUCUCCAUUCCCAUGCCUAUGGCUGUCCCUGAGCCUGGACCUGGAGUGGUGGCCCUCGCCAUGCCAGUGAGUGGAGGUGCUGGAGUAGGGGCUGGGGUUGGAACAGGAGUGGGUGUAGCUGCAGAAGCGAGCUGCCAAGAAGGGACCACCUACGUGUGCUCCGUCUGCCCUGCCAAGUUCGACCAAAUGGAGCACUUCAAUGACCACAUGCGAAUGCAUGUCUCCGAUGGAUAAGUACAAAUAGAUAAACUUCUUUCAAAAAGAAUGACAAAUAAAAUGGCACUAGAUUUUCCUUUUCUUAUUUUGAGGUAUGAAGAGUAAUGAGUAUAGACACUGGCACAUUAAGUUUCCCAAAAAAAAAAAGAUUUUUUUUUCUGUUAUUCUAAAAGAAAAAAAAGAUGGUGGCCUUAAGGCUUAGUAGUUUGAUAUUGAUCUACUGGAUGGAUCCUAACUACAGGCCUCUAAAUGUAUGCUUUCCUAAAAUACUGAUUUAUGUGUUGAACACUACCGAAAGGCCUACGAAAGAAACACAUACACACAAACACACCUGUAGUGUAGAUAUGUCUGAAUGAAUAUACAUGUGCAUUUAUGUUUGAGCGUGUAUUUGCAUGUGUCUGUCUGUCCGUGUGUGUGUGUGUGUGUGUGUGUGUGUGUGUGUGUGUGUGUGUACAUUGCCAUGAAACAUAAAUCAUGGCAGUUGUGAAACCCAUACUGACCAGUUUGGAAACUAUAGAUGUCCAAGCUUACUGUGGUAUAAUUUACAACAACAAUAACAAAAAAAUCAUCUGGGGUUGGGCUACAUAUUCCCUCUAAGAAUACUGAUGGUCACAAGAUUGCCUUCUUAUGUAAAAUAAAAAAGGAGAGUAGUUAAUUUGACACUGGGUUUUAUUUAUUCCUAUGGUAUUAAGGGAUUAUAAUGCAGCUGUUGUCAAGGUACCAAUUUCAAUCAUUUUACUGAAAUGUAACUUACUGUCAAUGGUGACAGAGACAAAUAUUUCUCAUAUGUUUUGUAAUUGUUGUCCAUGCAUUUUGAUGGUUUACUAAAUUAAGGUGUGUUGAUGAGACAGUAUUUGAGCAAAAAUAUGUUUCUUUUUUUCUGAAGUUUGGAGUUUAACUCAUUUGCAUACACUGCCACUAAUAUCUUAAAAGACUGUUAAGGCUAGUAGACCUCUUCCAUUUCAAAACAUAAGAAAAAAAGAAAGAUUCUUUUGCUGAUGGAUUUUUUUUUUUUUUUAAAGCCUUUUACAUCCACAGUUAUGGCAGGCUGGAAUAUGCGACUAAACUCUCUCCUUCAUAAUUGCUGCUCUUCAACUUGCACCUGACUGUUAUGGGAUGUAGAUUUAAAAAAAGGAUUUGUCACUUUUAACUAUUGUUGUUAUUGAGUAGCCUACAUGGUUUUAAUUUGAUAAUCCCAUUAUAAUACUGGGGGGGUUUAGGCAAGUUGUUGAUUGGAACAGUGUUAAAGAGGAGGGUGGGGGGUUUAAUUAGAAUCAAAUUUGAAUUGGAAAUAAAUGCCUAGAACCCCUGGAUAACCUGUCCAUUACCAUUGCAGAGAUAUUUCAGCAGGUGAGAGCUAAAUGCAUCACUCACCUCCUGAAAGCUCAAAUGCAAUGCGACAUUUUGAAAGGAAAACACAGUCUCAAAGCAAAACAAGUAGCUCCAUUGAUUGAUAUGACACUGUUUCAUGAUAUACCACAAGUUGCAGAUGGACUUUCUAGACAAUAGUAUACAUUCCUGAAUUUUCUAAAACCUAUAGACACAGCAUGUACAGAAUAGAUUUGGAAGCUAGUGUGCACAAGUUGUCAUCCACGCAUCACAUCACUUAAGGCUCAUUUCUGAUAUUUGAAUUGUUUUUGUAUUGCUUUUUAUCCAAAAUUAGGACACACACACACACACACAUGCAACUGCCUGCAACUGCAAUCUGAAGGAUUUGCUCAUUUAUGUGAGCAAACACUUUCGUAGUUGUAUUGUUAAAAGAAUAACUAACUGCAUACAGUGGUCUUAAGAAGACCCGCUGUAGAUUCAAAAAAAACAAAGUGCUACUUUGCACAUUUUCUUAAAAUGCCUGUGCUUAAUAUUUAAUCAUUUUCCUUAAAUGAACUUCUAUGAUUUUUCUUUAUUCAAUUUCAAAGGAAAAAACAUUUUUUUAAAUCUUGAUAAGUGGACUGCAUUAUUUUCUUGCAUAUAUGUUGCACUGCUUAAACCAAUAAGUGCACUACUGUUAACAGAGAUAUUAUAGUUUUAGAAAAGAGAAUUUUUUCUUUCUGAAUCUAACAUUUGGUUGUAGAGUUCACAUGUAAUAGAAUAGCUUUGUUUCAAUUUAUUCAUUAAGUAAUUCAGCGGUUCUUGGCUUUUGUUAUUGCUUGCAGUUACCUACAGUAUAUACCCGUGCCGUGUUAAUGCAAGCAUUUAUUUUUAUUUAAAUUUGUACCAUUAUGUGUGCUCAUCUAUGUUUUAACCUUGGAAUUCAUUCUUUUUAUGGAGUCAGUUCCCUAUAACAGUUUAUUCAGUUGCAUUUCUUUAGACACAGAACAGAUUUUUCCUAUGAGAACAUCCAAGCCAAACAACAUUAACAGUGAAACAACAGUAAUAAACACAGCUCCCGUCCAACUCCGUUGGCGGAGGUAAUAAUAAUAACUAUUAUUAUAUUAUAAAUGAUAAUACAUUUAUAAUGUGUGUGUGUGUGUAACAUAAAUGAUAUGUGUGUCCUAGAACAACUUUCUGUGGGUUUAAAGGUGUGCGGAGGUGAUGGAAUGCAGCUUCUUUGAUAUCUGUCUGUCUGUUGUACACAGUUGUGUCUCUUCCUUAGUGGUCGUAUGUCUGUGAGUGUCUGUGUGUGGUAUAUAGCCUAAUCAAACUGUUGAUAAGUGGAAUAUCUGAACUGUAGGGCUUCCUUUGCAAUAUGCAGCACAGGUACUAUGAGAAGCAGCUCUCCAAACCUUUUGGGCUAAUACAGCACCUGUAAUAUUUGUUCCGAGAUUUUGACUAAAGCCUAGGUCAAGUACUGUUGACUUUAUUGUUUGGAGAAGUUAUGUCAAGCAUUUUGAUGCUAAAUUUCACAUAAUUGCUACUAGAUUUCCGAUCCCUGUGGAGUCAGUUUGGAGUGAAGUCAAGUGAUAACCACGUGAGACCUGGAGAGAUUCUGUAUUCUGGUUUCUUCUCAGUUAAAAAAAAAAGAAAAAAAAGAAAAGAAAAGAAAAGAAAAACAUUGACCCCACAUGAGAAACACAGUGAAAAAACAUGAGGUUAGUCCUCAGUAAAAGUAGCACAUUAUUUAACAUUUGAUUGGGCCUGUCUCCUAUGGUGUGCAUAUAAGCCUAAACUGUAUGGUUCCUGUUUGUAGCUGUUGUUGCCAGGAUGGCAAUAUUGCUGCAUGCUAGUGCUAUAUUUGUCUCUACACAGCACGUGGAGGGUAAUCUCAUGCCUUAACAGACAAUGCACUAAAUAGAAUAUGUAAGCAACUGCCGAGAUCUCUUUCCAACAGUAUUGCCACAUGUAUGGCACACAGCUCAUGAUGUUGGUGUUUGUUGUCCGUUCAGUACCAAGUUAAACACUGCCAAACUAACAUCAUCACUUCUUUGAAAGCAAGGCAGAGACAUUAAUUGAAUUGUUUCAGUGUAAUGUAUGUAUUCAGUAAUCUAGCAUUCCUUCAUGGCACCUAAAUUUUACAUAUUUUGUGUAAACACAUAUAUCAAAUGCACUAUUGACUGUAGCUAGAUGAGUACAACCAGCUUUGUGGUAUCAUUGGUCUAAAUAGUAGGUUAAGUAGCUCGAUGUUGGUUUUUGAAAUAUUUGAUUUCACAAUUACACUAUCAAUUGUUUCUCUAUCACUUUUUUCUUUCUUUCUUUCUUUUGGAAUAACAAAAGUAGCCAAUCUCAACGUUAUCCGGAUGAGGGCUAAUAACUCGUCCCAUCGUCAGUUGACUUCUUGUAUCAUACGGUGUUUGAUAGCAGACCAGGCUCGGAAGGGGAAAGUACCUUCUCUCCAGUGUGUCAUAACGUGCUAUAGCAUACCCAGGCUCCCCCUCUUCCUCCUCCCUCCCCCUGUUGCAUUAGCAUCACAUGCUCUUCACUGUCCAUAGUUAUAUAUUCCUUAUACUGCUUCAGCUACUCGUGGUGGUGCUUAAUUCUCUUUUCUCAGUGUUGCAAAAAGUCGGUUGAAAAUUGUUGAAAAGUUGCAACAUUAUCCAGAAAAUAAAUCCUUAUCUCAAUCGUGCUUCUUCUAGUUGUUAGUUUGAAAAAAAUAAAAAAUAAAAGUCUAGACUUUAUGUUUGCAAAGUGUACGCAUAUUUUCCAGAACAAAACAUAUUGAAACGUAGAAAAUAGCAUUGAGCCUGCAGCUGUUUGUAUUGUGUUUCAAAUAUAUUACUGUUCAUGUUUUGUUUAUCUUAGUGUAGAGACACAGGGUCUACAGUACAUUGUUGUCCUUCUUGCAGUAUGUUUAAUUCAUCGUUAUACUUCUUUAUUUCAAACUUCCUCCUGCUUUUUUCUGGUGAUCAUAGUGGUGUUGUUUAUAUACAUACAUAGCUUCACGCGAACUGGAUAAAGGAUAGUCAGUUAUUGAGUCAUAUUUCACAGUGUACUAUAUAUAUAUAUAUAUGCAUAUAUGCUUUGCGUUGAGAUGAAAACAAGGAAAUGGAGGAUAGUAAUGGUGAGGGUCAUGUUGAGUAAGGAACAGGUUCAUUUUAUUCUGAUAAGCAUACGUCUGUCUUCCUGUUUGUCUUUCAGUCAGUCUCCACACAUUUUAAGUCAGAUUUUUGUUUCUCUUAUUUUUAAGCAUGAAUAAAGUCACAAAGUUAAGAGUAGAAUACAGAAAACACAUGAAACCAUUCAGAUAAUACUUAACUGCAUUUUUUUUUUGUCCAUCUACAAUACGCAUAAGAGUGAAAUAGAUAACUUCUUACAAAUAUACUAUAUAUAUUUAAGUAUCACCAUCUCCACACAGAUAAUAAAUACAUUUUCAGAUAGUUUGAUAAAGACAUAAUUGCAGCUAGAGUAUACAGUACCUUGUGGGAUAUAGGGAGUAUGCCUAUCAAGUGCCUAUCAGUACAUACAGCAACUAUACAGAAUAUUCAUAGUUUUUCUCUCCUACAUUGCACAGAUACAGUAUAUACACAAUGGUCUAUUAAAAAUAUACUAUUUAUACUAUUACUGCUAAAACCUGCUGGUUGUGAGUGCAUCCUAAGAGAACCCUUUAAAAUACCUGAAAUGUUCUAUACAUAUACAGUAAAGGCUACAUCUGCAAGUUUUAUUUUUUAAUCGUACAUUUAUACAGUUUGGAGGAUUCAAAGAUAUAAAAUGUCAAUCACAUUUUCAUAUUUAAAUUUAAUAUAAAUAAAUGAAAUAUACGUUUAAGUAGGAUUAGAUGGUAAUUGAUAAUUAGAUGUGAAAAUGAAUGACCUUUUUCUUUUUUUUUUUUUACUGUUGCUCUCUCGUUGAUAUUGAGCGUUUUUAUUUUCAGUUUUUGCCAUUUGCAAACAAGCCAUAUACUGUACUGUACUGUAAUGUACUGUAUGUUUUGUGGGGGAGAGGGCAGUGGCACUUUGUGAACAGCAGAGGGAGCCACACAUCAGUUUGAGGAGGUGAAGUUAACUCACUGCCACAAUGAGUGAAAAUCCGCUUCAUCUUUGGAUAUUUUUGAAUCUUGUGGUAAAUAAUGCCACUCCUCAGAUUAUAAUUAAAUAUACAAACUUGGCAGUAGUUACCUCCACUGACACUUAACUGUAAAUGAAUUUUAAAAAGGGUUUGCAGGCUGUAGGAACUGGCAGCUGCUUUAAUAGUUGGUGUUUCAAAGUACACAAUGUGUCCUUUGACCUUGAUGACAGGCCCUGCCACAUGCAAGCCCGUGCCCAGUUUCCCCCACAGUGAUCAUUAAAGUUUUAUCUUAUCUGACAGCCUGGUUGUUUACGUACAGCUUGAAACUGUAAAGGGCAAACGACAAGCAACGGGGGGGAAAAAAAAGAAACUGGUCAUUGAACGUUAGACUAGAUUUUCAUAACCGCUACUUGGAGGCAAAACGAGAUUACAAAUUAAAAGUUUUGGCUACAGAUGAACACAAGCACUCAGAACUCACAGGUAUUUAAGAGCUUCAUUUAACAACAUGAAAACAAAAGUAAAAGGAAAUAUGGUAGGAGAAAAACCAUAAAUCAAGAUUCAGGGCUGAGUGGCUGCUAGAUAAAAGAUUUUUGGGAUGGCGUAUUAUUCUGUCCCCUGUGGACUAAUUACCACAGUUUUCUCUCUCUAACCUUCUCCAGCCUAGUUACUGUGCCAAAUUUAGAAAAAAAAGAUUUUUUUUUUUUAAAUUAUACCACUAUUGUUAAAUUAGAUGUGAGAGCCAAGCAGGAAAAGGAAAAUGUAAUAAAUCAUUUAAAGUAAGAAAUUUCUGUUAAACUUAUAAGAUAAACAUAAUUUAUAACAAUAAAAUAAGCAUCAUACCAAAAGAAAGUGAUUGCCUUUAUUUUGAAUCUUUAAAUCCUCCAUAAUACAUAGUGUUCAAGUAAAUAGGAGAAAACAGCUAUGAUUAACAAAUACACAUUUUGACGGCUUAGUUUCAUAGACAUUUAAUGUUAAAUAUGAAGCAUUAAUGAUGUAGGCAAUGUGAUAUAGCUAGUCCCUGUCAUCCAACUGUCACACUAUGACACACACAAACAGCAUCUGUUCAGAUUUUGUAGACAAAAACAUCCAGAUUCUGUUUUCACUUUGAGCUUUUACACACACGCAGCAAAGCAGCUGUUCAAAUUUUAAAACUACGACACAGCUAAACUAAGCUAUAACAACUUCUAGAUUAUAUUAACUAUGAUGCUUUUCUCCGAACAUGCAGUUAUUCACACUACCCUGAUGAGGUUGUCAGUAAAGCGUCAUCAUCAGGUAACUAACAUCUAUCAGUCCAAAUGAAGCAUGCAGUCCUGUCUACACAGGUUUUUUUUUCCUGUAGGGGAGUACUUUACUUUGUUUUUUAUUUUGAGUGUCCCUCGACAACAGUGUUUUUUUUUUUUGUUUUUUUUUUAUUAAAUCACAGUGAUGAGAAGACUCCAGUGUGAUUCGGCCUCAGAGGACUAAACAUUGAGCCUCUUUGUGUUCUCACUUGCUGUAGUCUUUUUGGCUUAGUCCGGCUCCACGAGAUGAUUAGUGUUAAAAAGUGUGCAGCAGCGUAACUAAAAACAUGCAUUCCUGUUCAAGUUCAGAACAUUCCAAAUCCUAGUCUGGCAUUCAUUUUCCACACUUAACUAACCUAAUAUUAAAGAGGAUUUCCAGCGCUUAAAUCAUUUUACAGAUACUGUUGGGAUAUUUGAUCACGUUAGUGGCAAACACUACCCAUCACAUUAAAGCAUAGUUAACAUUUACAUUUCCCUCAAAUAGAUCUUUUUAAAAAAAAAAAAAAAAAAGGUCAAAUUUCUCAGUGAGAUCGCGAAACCUCAUAAGCUUCCAGCAUAGCUUUACGCUUGUGUGGACUGGUUCUAAAGACAACAUGCACUAUGCUAUCACUCUGUAGGUUUCUCUUGUAUCGUGGGAGAGACAUAAAAUACAAAAACAGCAAAAAGAGAGGUCAAGGCUCUUCUUCACCGCAAUGUUGGUCACUGUCUCAGCCAACACAUUGAGUCUGCUGUAACUGACGCGCAGAUUUAGACUUAAAAAACUUUUUUUUUAGCACUGUAAUGUUCCUAAAGGGGCUGGUGGCAGUAAUUUGUAAAACGGGGGCCAUGCUUUUCAUUAGGAGUCGAAUGAAAAAAAAAAAACUGUACUAGACAAUGUUUGUUUUGACAAACCAAAGAAGGGUUAAGAUAAUUUAAGUUUUAUGGAGAAACUAACAUUUCUUUUCUACGUGUGUGGGGGGUUCCUAUACGAUCGGGGGCUAGGAUUGCUACAGGUAUUUUAGGGUUUUCUUUGUUUUUCUUCUCAUGGCAGGGUGCUUGUGAAAAUGCAUCUAUGUUUUGUCACUUGAUCAUUUGUUUAUAGUUUUGUGGUUGUGUUAAUUUGCCUAUUGUAGACCAAAAUAGAUUUUUUUUAUAUAAGAAAUGCAACAAAACAGAAAAAUGAAUCUGACACAGUAGCUGUGAUGUAAACUAUCGCAUGUUAAAACAUGUAUAAGAUUGUAAAUGUUGCAUUGUUCCUCAGACAAAACAUAAUAAUACUCAGUAAUGAUUGGUUAUGUCUUCUAUACACACCUUUAGCAAAUAAGUGUACACCUGUUCACCUUCACAUUGGAUUAUAUCUAAAUAGUUUGUCUGACCUUUUUUGUUGUUGAUGUUAUACAUUGGCACUGUCUAAUAUUUUAAGGCUGUCCCUAAAAUACUAAUCUGACAUUGUGACUUAGAGAACAUUUAGCCAUUUAUACUUGAGAUGGACCAAGAUGUUAAGUUUGCACAUAUUUGUAGGUUGUUUUAUUAAGCCAAAAAACAAGGAAAGAGAAUAACAAUACACAACUUUCAGUCUCGACAAAUCAAGUCAAAUCUCGCUGAGGUGCUCACCAUCUCUGAGCAAACAUCACAGUCUUUCAUGUUCACUGAAAAAACAAACAAACAAACAAACAAAAAAAAGCAUCACAGCCAGCCAUCACUACACGAUGAAAACAAAAAUAAAACCAAACUGUAACAUGGAUUUAAACGUCAUAACGUGGUCCAAAUAUUUAUGAAAUCGAUGAUCUAUUUUUGUAAUAACGACACAUCAUCUGUAAACAGAAUGUAAACCAUUUGGCAAAAAAAAAGAAAAGAAAAGAAUUGACAAUAUUUUAUUACUGUAAACUCUAAUUAUAGGUGAAUCUGCUGUAUAUUUUUCAUCCUGUGUGUUCAAAAUAGGAAAUUUGAUUACUGUAAUUCGGGCGAUGUUUUAAACCCGGUGACAAAGACAGAAUUUCUCAAAUAUUGACAUUGCAAAUCAGAAAAUUACAUGUGCCCUAAUAUAAAGCAGCUUAGGUUUUUAUUUUUUUCAUCUGGCUUUCAGGCUUUUUGCUGCCAUAUCCUGUAUGUAGAUGCUUUUGUAAACAUGCACUUGAGUUGAACUAUGAGAUGUGCUUAUAAAUAUGUGUAUAUUUUGUUAGGCUAUUAUUAUUAAUUUUUUUGCAUACAUUAGCUUGAUAUUUUAUUAUUUCCCUAAAAAUACUUCUCCUAUAUAGUUAUGAACUUGGCAGAAGUGGAGCUGUUGUAGUAAAGGUAGUUAACAUCACAACUAAGCAACCCUGAAAUAUAUGCUGCAGUAAUGUGUUUUCAGUUUGUUUUUGAUAAUUUAUGCUCCAAGUUGGUUUGUAUUUUAUUAUUAUUAUUAUUGUUGUUAUGAAACAAGCUUGUUUGAAAUGUAUUGACUGCUGUUUUGAAAAUAGGGGAUAAAGUUUUUUUUUUUUUUUUUUUUUUUCCUAAAUGUAUGUGCAAGAACGUUUUUAUAAUAUGAUUUGUCAAACACUGGACUGGAGCGAGUUUUCCAACAUUUCCAAGUUGAGAGAUGUAUUUGACAGACAUAACUGCACAGACGACACCCGUUAGCACAGAUGUGAGCUGACAGACGAAGCACAUCCUCCCAGCUGUACUGGGGAGGGUGACUAAACAUGGCCGCCAACCUCCCAUUCAAAAUAUUUAAACAUAAGAAGUUAAGACAUUUCCUUUGUGCUGGCAAACUGCAUUCAUUGGGUGAUGGGUUACAUUUAAUAGAAAAUAUUUAUCAGGGUUCUCCCUCCAAAUUGUUGCAUGGCAUUGACUGGUGACAGAUUUUUUUUUGUUUGUUUUAUCUUAUUAUUUUCUGAAGACAAAAGAGUGCUCUCUUAAAUAUUCAGAAAAAAGAUGUAAAGGGACACCACUUGACAGCUAUCCAGUUCUCAAAUUCACCUGGUAUGUUCUUGUUAUAGUAGAGCAGAUAUGACAGUUGAGUCUCAUUACACACCAACCACCACUUCUCAAACCAGAAAAGAGAUUUGCACUAGACUUAUUUUGGUCUUCUUCUAUCAAAAGCAAUAUAAUUCACUCAACACAUUUUCGAUCCAUAGUAUCUGACAGUUGUCUGCCCACAGUGGGAAUGCUGAGUAUAUGGUGAUAUUUGAUUUGAUUUUUGUAUUUAAAGGUACAGAAUCGGUCGCCUUUUUAAAUGCACGUGGCAUCCACAUGUUGUUGUUCAUAUGACAGGUUUUGUUUCUUUUUUUUUUUUUUUUUUUUUUUUUUUUUGUAGUCGCCCAGCAGGUCCCCCUCCUGCCCCCAACCCCCCACCCCCGCCCCCACCCCCACCCCCACUCUCCCCGGAGUAUUAGUGUCCAGAUUUGAGGGGCAUUAAAACUGUUGUUUCCUCCUGUGAUUGUUUUGGACAAAUCCAGCAGCUCUUACAGAUCUAAAGUUAGGAAAGGGAUGUAUGAGGGAAAGGAAUCAUUUUCCCAUGAGUCAGUUGUCUUCAUCACACAGCCAACCACACGUUUUAAAGAUAAACACAAAUACCAAAAGAUAAACCCAGCUGUCCAUUGUCAUGCACACCUUUUCCAUAGAAAACACUCGUCUUAUAUCUCUGCAUAUUUGGUCACUUUGAGUGUUUUUUGUUUUUUAAUCUGGGAAGUUACAAAAAAUGCUUUAAAGUGAAACAAUAAUGAAAUACUUCUUAGAGGAAAGAAAAAAAUAUAUAAAUUCCAAAUGCACCUUUUGUCAUUUAAAAACACAGCAUCAUUGGCAACAUACAUAGAGAAUCUGUGUCCACCAAAAUGUACCAUACUUCAUCCUUUUUCAAUGAGGUCAUUCUCAAACAGCAUUAAUUACUGACCUUUGACGUCGUUAUUUUGUUGAUGGAUAAGUGUAAAUUUUUCAAUAAUUCACAAACAGCAAAACUUCACCAUUUUAUCUGGAUGUAGUAGCUUUCCUGUUUUCACCGCUUUGUGGUGUUGUUGAAAGAUGUUGCGGUUUGUCUAAAUAUGUUGCGUGUUAGAGGAAGCAUAAGUAUGUGCCUUCUUGUAAUCUCCUUGGUGAGCUUGUUAUUAUUGAGAAGCUGAAGCCAGCCAAUUGUGUUUGCACUAAAACCAAAUUGCUUUUGUGAUGUAGACUAUUUAAGCAAGCUUGUUGCGUCACUUUAACCGUACAGUAUGCAUGAGGGUGAAAUUGGUAAGUCUAGGGCUAGAGCUCUCAUCUGUUGACCUGUAAACCAGUGCAGCUUAGAGGAUCUUGUGAAUAUAUCUUGGCUUAGUUUCGCAUUCAGUUUUUCUAUUCCAUCUCCUUACUCAUCAAGUUUGUCACAAUUUCAACAGUUUAAAAAAAAAAACAAAAUAAAAUAAAAAUAGUAAAAAAAAAAGCAAAUAACACAUACCAUGAAUACAAUACAGCUUUUACUUUCACAUGCCACAGUUAGAGAGUUACACAACUGCAGUAGAGAUAUUCAUUUCUCUGAAUCCAUGGGAAUGCAUGAGUAUACGAGGUCGCCUCAAGACUAUUGGUCAAAUUAAUUUAGGUUGUUUUUGAAAACUUGUAUUUAUUACAUAUUUUGUUGACAUCUAAGAAAGGCCUACAUGCUUUGAGUCUUACAAAUGCACCUUAUUCAUGUUAGUCCAUGUGGGAAAACACAAAAAAAGAAAAAAGGAAAAAAAAAAGGCUGGCAACGUAAUAUCUCUGAUUUAGCACCUUACUACACAGCAUGUUUUCACUUUAUGCCAGUUUAACUAUUCUUCCAUAUGUAUGAUUUCAAAAAUAAAUCUCAUAUUUUGUGAAAUUGUUUCAUGGGAUGUGCCAAAGUUUGGAGGCGAUCUCCCAAGUGUUUAUGCUUAUCAUUUUCUUUUUCUCCUCCUUCAGUUAUAGCAAUGGUAUGUUUCCUAUAACAGUGUGUGGAAUCAAUUUAUCUCAGCAAACAGUAUCAUUACUUGCCAUUUUACAAUAAGCCCUGUAUUUCACAUAUAUUUACCAGUGAUGUGUAUUUGUUAUUAUAAAGAAAAUAGCCGUAAAAGCUUCAUUAUGUUACAUAAUAUUGUGACUUUUUUCGAAAAACUGUGAAGACUUAUCUUGCAUAUACUUUAUACAGAAGUAUUAAGCCUUAAUACAAAAGACUAAAAAAAGUGUGGAAGAAUAAACUGAUUGUUGCUAAGUAAGGAUGAUUUUUGUAAAUGUUACCAGCACUUUUUUUGUAAUUUUCACUCUCUGAGGUAUUGUACAAGUUCAAGCUGUUUGUGAAGUUUGAUUAUGAAGGAAUAAAAACUAGUACUUUCCUGUA